ACCUAAUAAUUAUUAUCCCAAGCUGUGUGAUGUUUGCUUUUUUUUCAUGUUUUUCUUUCCUCAUCCAUUACUUUCAGCCAACGCUAUGGUGUUGUGUCUGUGAUGCUGAAGCAGGGUUCAGUUCAGUUCGACAUUCAAAACAAAAGGAAACGGACACCAUUGCUUGAAGCCGUUUCCCAGGGUCACCUCGGAAUGACACACCUGUUAAUAGCCCUGGGUGCAAACAUAAAUGCUGUUGAUGGUGAAGGUAACAGCUGUUUGCACCUGGCCGUGGAAAGAGAAGUGUUUGAUUCCGAGGAUGCACCCUUGGAUUUACUAAACGAAUACUGCACUUCCCUUAACCUGAAAAUAGAAGAAAGGCUCUCUGGUAUAGUGGUUGCGAGAUAUCUCGCCAGCCAGGGAGCGGACUUUCACCAUAAAAACAACAAAAAUAACACACCAUUGGACCUCAUUAAGGACCCAAAUUUGAGAAAAAAAUUAGAAGCAUUUUUACCACCACAGUAAGUAUUUCCUGGCAAUGGAACAGAUAAACCAGUACAUUUUCUAUUUUGUAUAUAAUCAUGUUUAUAUGUUUA